CGCGCGCGCCCCGCACUCGCGCGCGCGCGCACGCCACAGCCGUGGAGCCACACGUCUUCUUCGUCUUGCUCGACGUCUUCCCUCUUUGGCGGCCACAUGUCAACAGGAAGGCAGCUGUUGUCCGUCGACUUUGAAGUCUUCGGACGUGUUCAAGGCGUUUGCUUCAGAAUGUACACGGAGCAGGAGGCGGCGCGGGUGGGCGUGACUGGCUGGGUGAAGAACACCGGCGGCGGGACGGUGGUCGGCCAGCUGCAAGGGCCCGCGGACGCCGUGGAGCACAUGAAGACGUGGCUGAGCAAGAAGGGCAGCCCGAGCAGUCACAUCACGAGGACGUCGUUCAGUAACGAGCGGACGCUGGCGGCCUUGGAGAUGAGCGGCUUCAGCACUCGCUUCUGACAAGCGAUCGCCACCUUGAGUGACAGGUGGCCUCCCAUUUGCUCCAUGCGCGUCUCCUCGUCUUCUCGUUUGUCUUCUCGCUUUAAUUACUUUGCCACCAAUCAAGCGUGCCAUUAAAGAACGAGCAAA